UUUUUAAGGUGACUUUCGUGUUGAUAUAAGAGUGGUGAUACUUUAUGGUGUUGUGUUUGGUUUACUAUUUGAUAAUGCCAGAGAAUGGUGAAUUAUUAAAUGCUUGCUGAAAAUAAUCGUAAUAAGCGUAAUUGACGUGUAACUGUCGAAUUUGAUUGAUAUUUCUGUUACGCCCGUUUCCCCAAAUGAUUUUCUAUGACAUCUGCAGUAUUCUUGAUACGUCAGACUAAAGUAAACUGAACUGUGUUUAAAAGAGCCAACUCACUAGUAAAAAAAAGAGUGUGAAGUGCGCUGUUUAUGUAAUAUUAGUCUGUGAAGUUUAUCAGCGAAGUGAAAUAACACCGUAAGCUAUCAUACCAUAGAAGAUAUUGCCUGCAUUCGCACCGAAAAGGUUCAGCGCGAUGGACGGCUUCUUCCUGGCUGUCUUCCUGGCCGUGUGCAUCCUGGCGGCGGUGAUCCUGCGGUGCAUCUGCUACCGCUGCUGCCUCCAGUCCUGCUCGCAGAAGGCGCGCCAAAACAACGGCGAGAUGAUCCUCCCCCGCCACACCACGCCCACCAUAACGCCCGCGCGCCCACAGCCGUAUUCGCAGGUGGACGGCACCCAGCGGGCGGCAGUGCCUCCUCAGUCCCGCGCCGUCUUCACGAUCUACACUUUCCCGCAGCACGAGUCCCCCGAGAUGGAUAGGAGCCCCCCGCGCACCCCGGGCCCCCCCAAGUACUCCUCCCUCCCCGCCGACGCCCCGCCCAAGUACGAGGACCUCUUCCCCCAGGCGGACUUCACCUUCCCCUCGAAGACUCCGUCGCCAAAGCUAGCUCCUCCCACUCGGGACUCCAUCAACCUGCAGCCCCUGCGAUCCUCCCCGCAGCAGAACACCCUCGUUCCUCUCGCGCCUCCGCCUGUGGUCGUCCCUCCGCCCCCUGCCUCGCACUUCCCUGCUCCCAGAGUGCCUUCCUCCGCUCCCUCUCCCAGCCUGCCUCCGUCCUCCCCGCCCUCCGCCGCCCAUUCGUCCUCCUCCCUCUCCGAUCCUUCGGCCGAAGGAGUCCCUCGAGAGGCGCCGCCGACGUACACACCAGUGCCCCCUGCCAGAGACGGGGAGUGAGGCGGACGGACCGACGGCCGACGGUGUUCUCAGCUUUCUUCAGGGCAUUGAGUGAUCCCUCUGCGGAUUAUUUCCCAAUUCGUAACUGCCAAGGUUCAUUAACGUUAGCGGGAAAAAAAAUAAUUUCUGGCCAUGGACCAAAGUGCCUGUAAUCAGGAACGUGAUGUGAAAGUGCGAAGAACCUCGGAAACGCACGAAGUGAACUGAAAGUGUGCCAGGUUGUGCCACGACCCGUUCGAAGGAUGGCACUGAAUCUUCAAGGAGGAAUCUCUGGACCUCAGACAAGGAAUUCCUUUGUGUUAGAGGACGGGACUUUGACUGCUCAAGGGGACUCGAUAUGCUGUUACCAUGUUGUCGUUACCAAGGUUUAAUAAUUCAUAGGACUAAUAUGCUAUUUCUGUUGAUCGUAACCAUACUGGGAUAUCAAGUAAUAAUUGGCCUUGAGCUUGGAAACAGGCCAAGCCUCAUUGAUUCUCAUAGAAUAUCAAAAAGAUUAUUUUCCCGGCCCACCUUCUCUAAGACAUUUUACAACACUACUUUUAUUUAUGUUCAGUUAUCCCAAAUCCCUUCCUCCUAUCUACUUACCUAUUUAUCAUUCUGUAUCAAUUAUCCCCAAAUUCAGCCUAUCUUCUCAUCUAUUUAUCAUUCUGCCUUUCUAUAAGGGAAUAACGUUCUGUCUUCAAUGCAUAUAUGGAUAUUGAGACACACACAAUACUUACUAACUUGAAAUCUAAAUCUUGAAACUUAAAUUUCUGUAACGGAGAGCCGGUCACCAAGUCGGCUUGUUCAAAGGCUUUCAAGGUGCUAACUUCUUGUCCUUCAGUCGAGGUCGAAGGAAAAGUCGAAUUCGAGUGUCUUCAUAAUUGCGAAUACGGCAGCGUUGUGGCAAUGACGUUCUUCCAGUGAUAUACAGUUAUAUUCUUCCAGGUAGACAGACGUUUGAAAAUCUACCUCCUGUUAGACAAUUAUUUUUGCUGUCUUUCUUUAUGUA